GCAGAGUACCGGCUGCUGUCAGGUAAGACAGGCGCGACCACUUCGUUGCGCUAAAUAACAUACAGAGAAGGUGUGCCUUUUGUGGCGGAAUGUCAACCCGAAUCUGCGUGAAGUGUAAUGUUGGACUCUAUGACAGAUGUUUCAAAGCAUUUCAUCGCCAGUGAUAAGUGGAGAUAUAUAUUACACAAAUUAUAGACAGGUGAUUGGAUUGUCAUAAACAUGCAGAAAAACAUACAUUCGUGCAUAUUUGGAAGUAAAUGUGUCAUUACUGAAAGAUGGAAUAUAUACGAAUAUGGAUAUCUUAUGUGUCUGGCGUCCCAAAUUUGUGACAUGACUAAAAUUGCAUAAAGCAAUGAUAUUCCAAUAGUGCAUAUCAUUAUAAAGUUGUUUAAUAGCAUUAUUAUUAUAGUUCCUUACAGUUUUUAAUAAAAUUGCAAAAACAAAUAAUUUGGUCAUUAAUGGGUGUUAAAGUUGUCGGAACACAUUGUUUUUUAGCACUUAACAUAUUCUUUUGUUCUCGAUAAUUAUUUUCUUUAUGUAAACUAACGCGUGAUCAUUAUGGCUAUCUCCUGACGUUGAAGAAAGAAAAGCUCAUCGAUGCAUGAAUGCUUUGCAUGUUUAUACACAAAAAAGAUAUCUAGACAAGAAACAUUUAUUGUCACUUGUGAAAUCCGGAGUCUUUAAAGUGACAGAUUAACAGCAAAAAAUUCUCAAUAAGAUAAGCGCUUUGUCAUAAGACAUGAAUUAUGAACAACGCGCGUCGUAAUUAUCCAAUGUCCUUAAUCAAUAGAACCUCGUUUUAUGUAUAUUAAAAUAUAAUUAAGAGCAAGUUUGCCUUAAGAAGUUGUUCUAAUAUUUGAUCAACUUUCCGUCAGGAAGACAGGCUAUCGGGGGCUAUUAUAUCAAGCACGUCUUAAUCCUCAACUCGGAAGGACGGUGUCAGAUGAGUAAAUCCUUAAAAGUAAGAUAAACACAAUAUCUACCGUAGACUGUUUGCUUAAUGAAUUUACAGAGUUCGUCUUGAUUUCACCGUUUAUAUUGCCCGCUGAUUAACGAUCAAGAUAGAAGAUUGGAAAAAAGUGAAUCUGAAAGAUAGUCGACCGCGAAAGGUACACGCACGAGGAACUUGUGAUAUUGUGAGAUAAGUGUCGUCGCCAUUACCAGUAAAGUGUGCUUGAAAACAUAAAACGUUGUAGGUUCUACGCCUAGGACGCCGGUGCCCGGAACCUCCAGUACUGAUAUUGGUGACGUUUUUACUCGGGACGCUAUACCCGCGAGCGGUCAAUUUUCUGGUCUCUCCACUUCCAACAAGAAGCCUCGCGUCGGACUGAAGACAGUCGCAACAAUAGUAAAACUUAGCGUCAGCAGCAAGGAUUUCACUAAGUAUGGGAAACAAAACCAUAGUCGUUUAACACCGGAUUCGCAACGUCGAUUAACACCGGAUUCUCAACGCGCGCAGAAAAUGCGUCGGAGCACGUUCGCCGACAUCAGCCAGAUCUCUUCCGGUGAUAUCAGACGCGGGAGCCGGCAGUUACGGAAGACGAUCGGUAGUACAGUGUCGCGGGAGACGGAAAAGAGUAGAGAAAACUCGACGUUGCUUAACAUGGCGGUACGAGAGGAAAUCCACAGACGGCACCUGAUGGAGAAGAUGAGGUUCAUUUUCAACUUCAGCAUUCUAUUGAGGAGAUGGUGGCUUAGGCACUCCGUCAACGUGGUGUCCCAGACCCACCCGUUCUACCAGCAGUUCCAGAUGAUCAACGAAUCCCCACAGCACGGAACACCGGGGGAUAAUGCAAUCGACUUCAAAGCGUCCUACUUCAAAGCAAACAAACAGAGGCGUAUGCCCCAGGAGUCGGUGCGCAUCCUGUCUAUGGACCCGGAUCAAAGGACCGCAGACGAGGUGUACUAUGCAAUGAUUGCUCUACGGGGUAACGAGUGUUUUGAGGAUUACCCGUUACGGAUGCAAGAGGCACUUGCAAGACACGGCAUGUUCCAAAGCUUUGGGUCAAGACGAAUUAUAAUAAAACAGGGACAAUCUCCAGUUUUCUUCUACUUUAUACUCCACGGGACAGUUGUCGUUGCCACCAUAGAAACAGGCGAGCCCUAUGCAAAAACAAGGGUGACUUUAAGAAGAGGAGAAAACUUCGGAGAGUUGGCCAUAGCCCAGAGAAUACCGCGGCAGUCUACAGUGAUAACCAUGGAGUAUACAGAGUUCCUGACGAUCGACUGUGACACCUACGAAAACAUUUUCAUGGCAGGUGGAGUAAAGACCCUCAAUGAUCCGGACCACAACAACUUCAUGAAGUCAUUAUAUUUCCUGAAAGACUGGCCUAUAGAAAUAUUGAAGGACAACACAAAAGCCAUGAAAUUUUGUUAUUUCGGUCGCGGCAAGUUGAUGGUGAAGGACAGCAAUACAUCCGAGUGGAUUUAUAUCGUUAAAUCGGGUUCUCUUCGAGUGUACAAGAAGCUGAAAAAAUGCUAUCCGACGGUCAACCAACGGACCGGAAACCACAUCAUGCGCGCGCACGUGGACGGCUACCACAGUUUCAUGAGCCAGGAGUCGGAGUACCACCGGUACGCCAUGUACAACAACGUCAAUCUGCCGCCGCCACUGUGUCCAGAUAGCGAGCCCGAGGAGGACGACGACGAUGACGACUUGGACUACUGUUAUAGUUUUAAGGGAACGCACGAAGAAAAGGAGAAUCUGUUGGCACUUCCGCUGAUGCAGCGCGUGGAGCGACUUAUCCGGCCACGUACGGCGGAGGGUGGCGUGCUCGCCACAUACGGUCAGUCCAAGCACGCCACCGUCGGCCGACAGCGAGCCGCAGCGUCCGCGAAGGAGGCGCGGCGGCGUCCGGUACUCAGACCCGCUCUGGUAAAGAACCCGUCUCCUCGAACUACUUCCUCCGUUUCCAACGUGACGAGCGACAUCAGCAUUGAGGUGUCGUCUGCCACACCGGAUAUGGCUGAUGGAAAGAGAACUCUCGUGGACGACUUCGAGAAAGCCUCCAGAUUGAAGAAUGCUGAACACGAAAAGCGACUUCAGACUCCGGAUGGUAAACCCUCUCCGCGGUUGCGUCCCAACGCUGACGUUAAUCCGCACGCGCUCAGUACACGUCAUAAUGUGUUUGUUACUGACGUGAAAAGGGAGAUGACGGAAGCAGAUAAAGACCCGGAGUUUGUUCUCAUACAGACACUGACAAAGGGACAGGCUUUCGGAAUCCAGCAAGUUCUGAUCGAGAGUCAACCAAGCUUGACCUUGGUCAGCGCAGGCGCAGAGUGUAUUCUUCUGAACAAGAAGUUCUUCAAAGAACACGUGGACCCGAAUAUGUUACAGAAACUAAAAUCACAGGUCUCGCCGUACCCAAGUGACCAAGAACUCCAAACUAAUCUACAGACUCGGGUGAAUUGGUUGCGAUUCAGGAAAAUAACUUUAAAUAAUUUAAUGGCAGAACGUAAUGACGGGAGACCACAAAGACUUAAACCAAAGAGAAAAGUGUUUGCGUUUCAUUAAAAAGGAAUACAAUCUUUAGCUCAUAUUGCAAUUACGUUUACACGUUCAAUUUUAUUUUGCAAAACCGUUACACAGAAUACUAUAUAAAGUAUUCAUCACUAGAAGGUCAUACAUGAACAUGUUUAAGAAUGCUUAGAUAGGAAUCCCUUGAAAGCGUUGGCCAAGUUGCAUUAAUAAAACUCAUACUACAAAUUAACAGUAAUAUAUGAA